AUGCCAUACACUCGAAGAAACAAGCCUCUGAUUGAGGCAAAAACCCACCGCCUGGCCAGGUAUCAUGAAUCAACUUAUCAUGCUGCUGUGCAUUGGUACCAACAUGGUGCAUCACAACUGAGGUUCGCCCUGGACAACUCGUCCUGUCAAAAGGUCAUUGGUGGCGGAAAAUCCCUGCAGGAACAGAGACAAGUGACCCAUCAAGCCGCCGAGUCCGCUCGCCACCGUGAUAAUGCUCAAGAGCAAGCCUAUCUUGGCAAACAACGACGGCAUGAGCUUGCUUCAGUCGAUGUAGGACUGGGCUUCUGCGCUGGAUGCAAAGCUCGCCCAGCUAAACUUCCAAGCCCAAAAGCUCACCCAACUCCGUUCAAUGUACUUUAA